UAGAACACAUGCGUCCACACUUGCUUCCUGCUGAGUUCCACGCGUUGUUCAGAAUCAAAAGGUAGCUCAUUUUAAAGCAAAGUAACAAUGCCUAAAGCCAAAAAGAAAAGGAAAGGAAACACGUUUGACUACAGUAAAGACAGAAAGAAACUUAAAAAGCAGUUUAAGAAAAGGGAAGCCCCGAGAAUAGAGUGUCCUCAGAUCCGAAAUGCCUGGAGUGACAAAAAGUCGGUGGCAAGAAACUUGCGAGACAUGGGUCUGGCAUUUGACCCAAACCGCGCCCUCCCAAUUAAGACACCAGCCAUUGCUGCUGUGGGGAGAACUGAAGAUGCUCCCGCUCCCAAACUUGUAAGGAAGCCAUAUGUACUCAAUGAGCUGGUGGCUGAGGCCAGUCUCCCAGAGAAAGACACAAAGACCUUAUCCACAGACUUGAUCGAGUAUGUGCAGUACAUGGUCAGGGAACACAGUGAGAACUACAAGGCUAUGGCCAGAGAUGAGAAGAACUAUUACCAGGACACUCCCUCGCAGAUCAGGAGGAAAGUGGACCAGUAUAAACGCUGCCAUCCAGAGGAAUACACCACCUUCAUGGAGUCUCUCAGAGGUGGGAAAGCAGUUUCCACAUAACUGGCUGUCUGUGGUGGGAAAAGACUUUCAAUGUGAAGGGGGGAAGAAACCACUCCUCUUCAGCAAGUAUUCUGUGACUGUGGCAAAGAUGGAACAGGAGAUGGGGGUCAAAGUGCACCCAGAAACACAAGCUUUCUUAAUUUAGAAUAGACGUUGAGUUGGGAUUUUAAAGAACUGUAAACAUUUGAGAAAAAGACUAGAUUUAACAUGCAUAGAAUAGUCUCUUUUUUUCAUACUUCUAGUAUGUUUCCCCAAAAUACAGUUACAAAUUAUAUACAGUAAGAACAUUAAAGUCUGCUUUUGUAAUGAUGUCAACAUAUGUUUAAGUUUCAUUAAUGCAUUUCCUCUUUGGAUUUUGUUUUGGAAGAUGUAUAAGCAUAGUCAUUUGUCAAGCUUGUACAAAAGGUUGUAACAAUGUCACUGUAAAAAAUAAAAGUGAGAAACCUUA